AUGACGGUCCCCUACAUGCGGCAGGUGGCCACGGCCAACACAUGGGCGUUUAUAAAACUCAUCUUCCGUUGGCGCGGCUCGGUGUGGAAGCUCGUCAUUUGGGAGCUGAUCAUAUGGCUGUACAUCUACUACCUCAUCUCAUUCACUUAUCGGUUCGCCAUCGUGCAUUCGCAGUUUGAGGACGUCUUCAUUCGCACCGUGCGUCACAUCGACGCCCUGCAGACGACGUACGGAACUGCAGUGACGUUCGUGCUCGGGUUCUAUGUCUCGGAGGUGGCCAAACGCUGGUGGAAAGUAUGGAUGGAGAUCCCGUGGCCGGAUACGGUAGGCCUGUGCAUCGUCGCCUUCUAUCGUGACCGCAAGGACGCCAAGGGCAAGGCUGAAGACCGGAUGACGCGCUGCACAGUGGUCCGAUACUUGGUGCUGUCUUACGUGCUCGUGUUCCGCGACAUUAACGAGCGCAUCCGGAAGCGGUUCCCGACACUCGUCCACUUGACGCCCCAUCUGCUGACGGACGAGGAGCUGAAGAUGAUCCUGAAGGAGGACCCGAACUUGCGCUGCUGGAUGCCGUUCGAAUGGCUGUUCAUCAUCAUCAAGAAGGCGUACGAACGCGAACAGAUCGACACCGAGCACCAUAAUUUGAUGGUCGAGAAAGUGCUCGACUUUCGUCAGCGCCUCCAGAAUCUGCAGCAGUUCGACUAUGUCAAUUUGCCGUUGGUGUAUUCACAGGUGGUGAACGUCUCGGUCUAUCUCUACUUCUGCAUGGCCCUCUUCGCUAAGCAGUACCUCGGCCGGGCGGGCAGCCCCGACGACCGCGAGGUGUUGUACAGCGUCGACUACGCGAUUCCGUUCUUUGCCGUCGUCGAGUUCAUCAUCUACUGCGGGUGGUUGAAGGUGGCCCAGGUGAUGCUGAACCCGUUCGGGCUCGACGACGAUGAUUUUGACAUUGACAUGAUGGUGGACCGGAAUUUGAAGGUCGGCCUCUCCAUGGUAGACGACUACUACGACAAGUGCCCACCGCUCGUCGAGCUCAAAGUCACCUCGCUACCCCACACCCUUGCUUCCGCUCAGGAUAUCCAGCGCUGCGCCCCGAUGCAGGGCUCCGUCGCCCAGGUGGCCGUACCGAAGCGGCUGCAAAAGAUCGUCGAGCCGGCUGUCAUCCACGGGUACAAGAUGAGGGACAACUCGCCGCCGCCAACCCCGGAGGCCGAGCUGACGCAGGGCAGCGAGUACGACAAGACGGAGAUUGAUCUCCUUGCCCACGACGAGAAAAAACAGUCGGCCGACAAGGUGGAGAUGAGCAAGGCCACGGCCAUUUCGAUGGGCCACGCCCCGGCGGCCGCCGAAUCCGUCGCCAACACCCAAGUGCUGCACCCGACGCCCGCACAGUCGGCAGGACGCCGGAAGAGCCGCGAGCCCCGCGCGGCUGACAAGCCGGAGCGUCCGCCGUCGCGUCCCCCUUCGCGCCCGAAUUCGCGCUCUGAAAAGCACAGCAUCCUCGAAAAGACUCAACCGAUGAGCGGCCACGGCCCGUCUCCCAAGACUACGAGGGCCGACGCCCCGAAACCGCCCAAAGAG